AUGAUGCAUACGGUUCGUGCAACGCUUCGUGCCGCCGACGACAGCUUUCAUUUCUCUUGGCUUGGACGAUCUAUCGGCGACUCCGAAGCAGUACGCGUGGGAGAUUUACAUUGUGCAAAUGCAACGUAUUUGACCCACAUGCCCGAAUGCGGGUAUUGGGGGCCCAUAGGCGGAGACGCGGUGGCCAUGUCGUGUUCAGUCGAACAUUGUCCGGGUGGUUCGUCACAACGACAGCUCUUGGAACAGAGUUGUCCGCUGUUGAACAAAAAAUGCGACCGAGAGACCGUACCGGUGUUUUGUAGGUCGCACACCGUCAUGGACGAGGCGGCAAAGGCGGUCGAGUACGUCUGCAUCCUACGGUCCUUCAUUUUUCACGACCAUUCCAGUGUCAGAAGGGGUCUAAAAGCUACGUCUGAUACCGGUGCCUUUCCCCCUCUGGAACCCUAUACGAGAUGA